AUGAAACCAAAUCUUCAAUUUUUACUCGAUUCCGGUGUCACUCGUUCAAGCAUUUACCAUUUGCUUAGUUCUAGACCUUCUGUAAUUUGUUCUACUGAUUUGAGAAAGGCUGUGGAGGAGAUUAACGAAUUAGGGUUUCAUCCUUUAAAGUACAAUUUUUGUGUGGCGUUACUUGCCAAGAGGGGUAUCUCUAAAUCACUAUGGGAUGCUAAAGUUGAUGCCUUGAAGAGUUGGGGUUGUUCUGAAGAUGUCAUUUUUGAUGCCUUUAAAAGACAGCAUAACUUUAUGCUACGGUCACCGGAUAAGCUCAAUGCGGUGAUGCAAUUUUGGGUCAAAGAGCUUGAAUGGGAUCCUUCAGCGCUCUUGGCAGCACCUGACCUAUUCGGAUUUAGUCUAGAGAAAAGGCUUGUUCCAAGGGCUUCAGUCGUCCGGUAUCUUUUAUCCAAAGGUUUGAUUAAGAAGAGUGCUAGCUUGUAUACACCGUUUAGUUUGUCUGAUGAGUUGUCCGUGAAAAAGUAUGUGGAUUGUUAUGAGGAUGAAGCAUAUAGGCUAUUAAGGCUAUAUCAGGGGGAGGAUACUAGCAUACAAUGCUCGGAUAAGUUGUGA